GUCUUCUUUACAGGGUUUGAAAGCAUUUUGGAGGGGCUGUUUGGACCAGGACUCGUAAGAGAUCUUACCCUCUUUCAAGAUUGCGAGCCUGAGGGUGUGUCAGAUUGGUCGUUUAAUGAAAAUUGUCUCUUUUGCUGCUUAAGACGUGAAAAAGUGAAGGAAAAUUUGGUUGGUCUAAACAACCAAGUGUUAUCAGAAGCGGACGGCUUCAAUCAAGAGCAGUCCAAUAUUAACAAACUUGAGAAGCAAGCAGAGGAUUUCCUCAAUGUUGUCUUCUAUAGAAAGGACCUCCCAAGAUUUACAGACCCCCACAUUCCUCUAGUGGCUCGUGAGAUCAUGCAGCGAAUGAUCCGACAGUUCGCUGCCGAAUAUACCUCAAAAACCAGCUCAACUCAGGACGUACCCCAACCCCAGUCCCAGCCCAACGGCACCAAGGACCAAAGCCUGCCGAAAGCGCCCUCGCUGGAGCCGGACGCCGGUACCGGCACCGCUGCCUCCGCACAGAACCCCGUCCUCAGCAAACUUCUCAUGGCAGACCAGGACUCGCCGCUGGACCUCACCGUCAAAAAACCAGACUCAGAGCCCAGCGAACAAGAUGGAGUCCUUGACCUCUCGACUAAGAAGAAUCACAGUCAUGGUAGUGUCUCGCUGAAAAGCUCUCAUGGUUUCUCAAUCAUGCCCACCAUUAAGGGGCGUUCCCAGAGAGCUGAUCACAACUAUCGAGAUGUUGACGAUGAGGACGGCUUGCCACCGAGAAGCUUGCAUGAUGGGAUAAGGGAGAACUGUAUUGGUUCUGUACCCCUCAAGCCACCGUUGGCCCGCUCACUCCUUAUAAAAGAGGAACUGUUGAGCCAGAAACAUCGCCUCCUUGGCCAACCAACACCUCUUUCUUUGGCUAGCCUAGAGUCUGUGGGUCUCCUCAACAGCCAAGCCCAGUCUCUACUGUCCCGUGACGGUGCAUGGGGGAAAUCCCAUUUGGACGGCCUCCUGAAGCUCAAACAAGACCUAAAUGACCUGCCUCUUUUCCAGGAGAACCAAGGCGUGUUCACCAAGGGUUCAAAGUCCCAUGACACUAGUCCCAUCACGGUGAAGAAAGAGCCAGGGCAUUCCCCUCCGGUGGACCUGAAGAUCCCGCAAGUCCGAGGCAUGGAUCUGUCUUGGGACUCCCAUGGGAACUCCUCAGAUAUCUACAGUUACAGCUCUUUAGCACUGAGCAACGUGCACUCAGAGAACGCACUCAGCAGGAAACUGAGAGCCAUCUUGCCAAAGCAGAGUCGCCGGGCCGCUCUCGGAGGCCUUCUGGAUGCAGGAGCUGUAGGCGAGUACUGGGGUGCAGACUUGGACCAGCCAUCCUUGGGACCUCAGUACCCAACAUCGGAUCCCGAGGGAGACCCAACAGGCUCCAAGCAACCCCGAAAGAAACGGGGACGGUAUCGGCAGUACAACAGCGAGAUUCUCGAAGAAGCCAUUGCUGUGGUGAUGAGUGGGAAGAUGAGCGUUUCGAAGGCGCAGAACAUCUAUGGGAUCCCCCACAGCACCUUGGAGUACAAGGUGAAAGAGAGGAUGGGCACACUGAAGAACCCGCCAAAGAAAAAGCUUAAACUGAUGAUGAGGGCAGAGGGGCAGGACUCCGGGAUCACCGGCGAAACCGAAUCCAUGUCAACGCCCGCCACCACACCCGUCGCAACGCAAGUGGACGUCUUGCAGGGGACAGGAGACAAAGUCGAGUAGAUUACACAGAACACCUCAUUUUAAAAUGGAGAAAGUUUUAAAUUCUGACAGACACAAACAAACAAACAAACAAAACCUAAAAUGAUUUGGAAUUGGAGGAUGGGGCUUUAAUUGUGCCAAUUUACUUGCAGUAUCUGGGUGAGCACAACUGCAGGGAUUCAUGGGAGGAUUUAAGCCUGAUAACUGGGGAUUAAGAAACCAAUUGGCAGUUAUCACAGUGGUCGACACUGCAAGCAUUUGCUGAUGUUUUUUUUUACAACAAAGCAACAAAUGCGUACUAAAGCCAUAAGAGAGUAUCGACAGAGACGUUUUAUUUAAAAAAAAAAAGAAAAGCAAGCAGAUUAACCCUUUGUUCGCCCCCUUCGUCUGAACUUUGCGAGCUCUGCCCUUAGUGCUCAUGCGUUUUGGACGGCAUGCCAUUUUGAGAAACGAGAAGUGGGGUUUGAAGGGUUUAUGUGCAAGGCUGGAAAUGAACCCUUCGAAAGUGAGUCCUCUGAUUGGUAGGUUUAUGAAAGGAUUCAAAAUCUUUAAAAACAAAUUAUUUAUUUCAAAUGGAGUUGACAAGGAUUCUCACCAGGGAUCAAUCCUAGCCCCGUUUUUCUAUUAACAGGUAAACGUUUGCUUUCAACUCUUUGUAGUUUCCUCCUUUUAUAAUCUGCACCAUUGAAAGACAAAUUUAGACACGUCCAUUUAAAAAAAAAAAAGAUGAAGCUUAAGAUUAGUCAUUCAGGGAUGCAUGUUUGUGAUGUUGAAAAGAUUUUCGUUUUGUUUUUACUUUUACUUUACUGUAACUAAACUUUUCUUUAACUCUUAACGCUUUCUUUUGCACUACACUUUCAGUCUGGCGCUCGCCAGAGCCUAAAUCUGGCAAUUAGACCUGAUUACCUCGACACUGCUUGCAUUACGCACUUACUGUUCUGUCUGGCAUACUACAUCACACUCAUUUUACAGUACUAUACUCUAGGUGAGAGCCUCGCUCUUAAAAGGUUUCCAACUCCCAUGAAGGGACAAUGCCGAUUUUUAAAACCACACAGGACAGGAACGUGUUUUCAAUUCACAUCUUUCUACUAAAAUGAAUCGAGGGAGGGUGCGCGCAGUCAAUUUUGGGCUGUUUCUGGCUGCUCCCUCAUCGCUGCUUAUAGUCAGUUGCUGACGUGUAUAUUUAUAAAAAAAAAAGAAGAGCAUUUUUUUGGCAAAGGGGGUUGGUUUUGGGGAGGGGGGAUAUAUGUAGGUAGGGUUAUGACCACAUAACCCUGUUAUAUUAUAAAUUAGCGUUCUUUCAGAGAGCCAAUUCUAGUCUCUGAAUAAUUCCUCAUGUAAAACUCAGGGCAACUGAGACAAAUAUAGCGAUCGUGUGUUUCGAAACAAUGCAUCUUACCUACUUGAACUGGAACCUGUGACACAUUCUCAGUCAAUGAGUUGAGUCAGGGGGAGGGCUUUAUAGGUUGGGUCGAGCUGAGCCAUGGAUUGCAGAUAUCGGUGGGGUGUGAUCAUUCAAAAAAAACACCUGGCCAGUUGGAAAUUUUCUGAGAUCUCUCCGAAAAUAGCACUUUGUUUAAAACAGAAAGAAAAUACAAGCGGAUAUGUUUGGGCGUGUGAUUUUAAAGUAGCUUUCGCAGUAGCAGAUAGCAUAAAGAUGACUUGUGAGAUCCAAAAGAGCGAGCGUUCAGUGACCUCCGCCGUCCUGCAGCUUAGACCCAAACAUGCUCAUUCUUGUUUUGAAAGAAUUACCUCUUCAAUAUACAGUGGUCGACACCUUGAAUCUUCAGAUUUGUCUAGUGUUGCCUCACUGUUUAUCGUCACAUCGCCCCUCCCAUUUUCAAAUCUAAACCGUGUCGUCUGAUGUAUAUAUAAAAAGAAAAGAAAAAAAAAAGAAGCGCAUAGAUCUGUGAAGAUUUCAAAGAGAAGGCUUUUGGAAUGGCAUGCUCCACUUUGAUGAUGUUGUUUGAAGGGCAUUCUGGUUUAUCACUGCCUGGUGCUCACCCAGUCUGUGACGAAAAUUAUUACUUCAAACUUCAGGGUUUCUGCUGAUGAAACUGACUCUUUGAAAUGUACCCUUUAUUUAUUUCCUUAUUUAAGUUUGAAUCAUUUACGUAAAUGGCAUGCACCAGUUCAGUGGAGGCUGAUUAGUUAUUUAUAAUCUGGCACUUUGGUCGCGGGUUUAAAAAAAAGGGGGGGGGGGGGGGGUGAUGCUGUUCGGGGCUCACCUUUUGUAAUCAGAUGAAAUCAAGUCAUUUCCCACCAUACGUUAGACUUGUAUAUAGUGGGCGAUUUUUUUCACAACACUAUAAGUUGUCAUGUAUUUAUUAUCUCAUUAAGCAAAGGGCAUUUUAAACUCAAUGGCUUUGCUUUUUGUGAAGACUACUGAAAUUAUUUAUCUAUUUAGUUCAGUGAUUACGAAGUAUAAAUAAUCUACUGGAUUUUAGCAUCAUAUUCAGGCGUAUAACCUUACAGUGUAAUUCUGUUUUGGCCAUCGGCAUCAAAUGCACCAACACUUUACCAAUGCUGAGCGUUCGAAGUGUCUAAUUAAUUAGUCCUUAAUCAAUCAAUCAAUCUUCCAAAUUAAUUUAUUAAUCAUUUUGAUGUAAAAUACAAGUCAGUUAUGCUUGAUUCUUACUAUUUAAAUGUAUUUAACCAGUAUUUUUGUCUUGUUUAACAAUAAGAAAUAUCCAUAAAACAAAUAGGGCUGUGCGAUAUGACAAAUUUCAUAUAGAUAUCAAUAGAUAUCAUGAUAUAGUACAGUUUCUGUAAAUUAAAGGAAUUGGAGUGUUUACUUUUGCCAAUUAAAAUGUAUUCAAUCAAUGCACUCAUAUUUCUCACGGUAUUUAGAAAUUAAGACUAAUUAUUUAAUUAAAAAUGCACAAAUAUUAAGCAAAUAUUAAUAAAAACAUUUCAAAACUAAUUAUUUUAGGUCCAGCUAAAUAAAAUGCAACAUGUAAACAUUGUGUUUUCAAGAUCUUAGCUUUCUCACAAUACUGUUACUCAUGUUUCUCUCAUCAUCCUGGUAAUGGCGCGUCAUAUUGCGUUUGUAUAAAUUGAGCGAGCUCAAUUUAAAUAACUAAAUAAGUAUUGACGCAAACAAUGCAUUUUGUGAAACUGCAGCAUAAAUGACAGAGCAUAAACACAAACGAUUCACGUAUCCUCAUAUCGCACAGCCCUAAAAACAAGAUGUUUUAAAUGUCCCAUGAAAUUAAAAUAACAUUUUGUUAGAUGUUAGUAUCAGUAUUAUUCGUUUUUAGGUUUUUUAAAAGCUAAUGUUCCCCAAAACAGUGACCAAAUUUGCAUUUAGAAGAUAAAAAACUGAUGUAAACAUGUCACUUCCGUUUUUAUUUACGUCAAGUCACACUACAGUUUCUCAGCAAAUCAUAACCAAUCAAGUGCUCUCUAGUAUCUGACAAGGCCCGCCCACUUCAAUUAACUUUUUAUUAGAUGCGCUUGAGCUUAACCGCUCUCACUAGGUGAGCUGUGCUAAAACAAAACACCAUUUUCACCACCUUUUUUUAAAAGGGGAGGGGCUACGCUACGUAUCGCCCUCUUUCAUGUUUCGAAUAAGAUUACGUCAAAUAUCGAAUAUAAGUGCACAUUUUAAAGCCCUUCAUGAGACCUUUAAGAAUAUUUUAAACGUUUUUGUUUUUUGGAUACAUUUUGUCGGACUAUCCAAUAAAACGUCUUUGUCAAUCGGAAAUGAUCGCGUAUCCUCAUGUCGCACAGCCCUAAAAACAAGAUGUUUUAAAGGUCCCAUGAAAUAAAAAUUAAAAUAACGUUUUGUUAGACAUUAGUAUCAGUAUUAUUUGUUUUUAGCAUUUCUGAAAGCUAAUGUUCCCUAAAACAGUGACAAAACUCGCUUUUAGAAGAUAUAAAACUGAUUUAAACAUGUAAAGCUCGUCACUUCCGCCUAAAGGGAUCAAUGUUUUUAUGUUUACUCACACUACAGUUCUCAGCAAAUCAUAACCAAUCAAAUGCUCUCUAGUAUCUGACAAGCCCCGCCCCCUUCAAGAUGCUUUUACAUUAGAUGCACUUAAACAAAACACGAUUGUCCGUUUAAAAAGAGAGGAGCAACACUAUGCCCCGCCCACUUUUCAUGUUUCGAAUGAGAUUACGUCAAACAUCAAAUAAAAAUGUGCACUUCAAGGGACCUUUAAAAAUAUUUAAAAUGUUUUUGUUUUAUGGAUGCAUUUUGUCAGACUAUCCAAUAUUAUGUUUUUGUUCAAUCGGAACUGAUUCGCGUAUCCUCAUGUCGCACAGCCCUAAGACAAGAUGUUUUAAAGGUCCCAUAAAAUAAAAAUAAAAUAAUGUUUUGUUAGACAUUAGUAUCAGUAUUAUUUGUUUUUAGCAAUUCUACAAGCUAAUGUUCCUCAAAACAGUGACAAAAUUCCCAUUUAGAAGAUAUAAAACUGAUUUAAACAUGUAAAGCUCGUCACUUCCGCCUAAAUGAAUCAACGUUUUUAUUUACGUCAACUCGCACUACAGUUUCUCAUCACAUAAUAACCAAUUAAAAGCUCUCUAGUAUCUGACAAGCCCCGCCCCAUUCAAGAUGCUUUACAUUAGAUGCGCUAACAAAACACGAUUAACCGUUUAAAAAAUAAGGAGGUGCUACACUAUGUCCCGCCCACUUUUCGUGUUUCGAAUGAGAUUACGUCAAACAUCAAGUAAAAAUGCACAUUUCAAAGCACUUCAAGGGACUUUUAAGAAUCUUUUAAACGUUGUUUUUGUUUUAUGGAUACAUUUCGUCAGACUAUCAAAUAAAACGUUUUUGUUCAACCGAAAAACAAGAUGAAAAUAUUACUUUGGAGCGCAACUAAUCAAUUAUUAUAAGCAGUAGAUAAGUAGCUACAACUAGAUUAGUUGUAUUAGUUGCAACUAUUAUUAGACUAGUGCGAAUUGAUUCUAUUAUAAUCGAAUAUGUCCAAUUAAAUUGGCACUUAUUACUGCACUGAUGGCCCAGACUGAUGUUUUGCAGCACUUAAAUCUUCAAGGAAAAAAAAUCCGCUCACCUCUCUAUUGUCAAUCUUUGAAAGUUUUGAACUUUCCCAUUGCUACUGUAAGAUUAUCCUGUCAGCUUUCUGAUUCACUCCGGUGCAUGCCAUUUCAGCAUAUUUAUUUCAUUUGACUAAUUAAUGUAUUACAGGGUUAACGGCUCCCCCUGGCCCCAAAAACAAACAAAACAAAAAAAAAAAAAAACAUCCCCUGUUGAACAGAAACGACACCGUCUUUACACAAAUGAAUGUAAAACCAUUUCCGGAAAAUUUCGUAAACUAGUGGUUUCGAAAUACAAACACGGCACUUUCACAUUUCAUACUUUAAACAGACUGUUUUAGUUAUGUUCUCUUGCUGCUCGCGCUCGUUUCGAUAGUUGUUUUAUUUAGCGUUUCUCUGAAACGUACACCUGUAGCCUUCAGUACUUUCGUAUCUCAGGAUAGCUUCAACAGAAGGGUUCGCAAUAUUUGUCAGUCGGAUUACGAUGCAGACAUAACUACCUGUACAAGAAGCGCAAUCGACAUGCUACAUUAACCGUAGUCUAUGCGCGAUAUACCUCAUCCUCGGGAAUAAACGCACCUUUCUGUGCCACAUCCUUAAAAAAAUACCAUUCAGGGGCACAUAGAAAAGGCGCAGUUGAAACUCUGGGAAGUUCGUUUUAUUUCUCCCUCUUUCUUGUCUCCUACGAGAGGGAUUUCUGGGAAGCGAGGCAUUUCAUGUGUCUGACUGACCAAUAUUUACACCCGGAUUUUUUUCAUUCAGGUACAGAAAUCGAAUGUUUUGAAUACAAUCAAAAUUUUCGCGUCAUGCCAAUAACGGGUCUCAUCCUUUAAGUUUGAUCGUGAAGGCCUAUAUAUAUCGAUAUCUAUCAUGACACAAUCUCUUUCCUGUACGCUGAAAAAAGAACACAUGAAAAGGGGAAAGUUACGGGACAGGUGGAAAUGUUAACCUUCUGUUGUUGUUUUUUUUUGUGCUCUCUGUAAACUUGUUUUUCUUAAACUGCAUUCCAAAAAUUUCAAGAGAUACCUUUAUAUGGAUGAAGAAGAAAAUCUAUACAUAUACAAAUGAAUAUAUUAUUUAUUUUACUGUUUAUCUUUUUAUUUGUCUUGUUGUUGUUUUUUUUUUAGUUCGUUUUUUUUUUUCUGGGUGAAAUUGAAAUGCUACACAAAGAAACGUUGGAAAUCGACGCUGACAGCUACAACCUCACUUUCUGUACCACAUAUAUGAAGUGCCAUUUGUUUUGUCUCAAGUGGCUCACAUUGAUUUUCUUUCUGAAAAGAUGCUCAAAUAGCCUUUUUCUUUGAUUUUAAAGUUCUGUCGAUACGUUUUCGACCUCCACUGCAUAUCCACAUAACAGCAUUACCUCAGGUGAGAAUCUCUCCAGAGCAGCUGAUUCUGCAUUCACGUGCAGAAAUCAGGAACUGUACUUGACUUUUACACACACACACACA